AUGGCACCAACCCGUAAAUCAAACAAAACAAAAGAAUGCAAAUGUUCUGUUUGCAAGACAAGAUUCGGAGGAUCAGAUACAGUGUCUGUACAGACAUUUAAUUUUCAUAAAAGAAGAGACAAUGCUGGAAUGAACAUCUUUCUGAUUAUUAAGAGAUCAGUCGAAACUACUGUAAGCUAUGUUCCUGAAGUUAUCAACAAUGAUGAACAGAACUCGGUGGCCAUAGACAAUGAUUAUGAUAUGGAUUAUGACUUUGAUGAAAUGGACACCAGUAUAGAAGUAGACAUUGAGACACAAGAGCCUAUUCGAGUCUUAUCUCUCUCAGAAUCCGAUACUGUCUUUGGUUAUGAGAAUGAAGAGUUUAACUCUGAUCUUGAUUCUGACGGUUGCGAAGACGAUUCCAGUGAGGAUGACAUGCUUGAUAGUGAAGACAACUUUCCUGAAUUCAACUCAGAAUUGAGUUUCAUCCAUCGUUUUAUCAUACAGGUCCUUGCACUAUUUGUAUCCUUGUACGUCAUCGAUGAAGGCGCCAUUCUUCUCAUUGCCAUCAUGAACAAAAUACUCGAGCUUUUCAGAGAUCCAUUCCGUCUCCCAGUUAGCAUCCCUGGUCUCAAAAGCAUGGCAGGAUUCAAUACCUUUACAGACGGUAUAAAGAAAUAUGUUUCUUGUAGCGAAUGUCACAGCAUAUAUGAGAACAAUGAAUCAACACCCCGCUUCUGUAUCUUUGAUAAAUUUGGGAAUAACUCAAUGUGCGGUAAUAGUUUGUUCAAGUCGGGAAAUCAGUCGUCCAUUCCAAAAAGAACAUAUGUGUAUCACUCUGUUCAGAAUUCGAUCAAAGCUCUCUUUUCUCGGCCUGAUUUUGAAACCCAAAUCGACUCGUGGAACCAUGGCUUGAUGUGGAAGGAUUUGAAAGACACCAAUGGAAUUCCCUUUGUUCAUGGCAACCGCUCACUGAUGUUGACCUUAAACAUUGACUGGUUCCAGCCAUUCGACGGUGUGACAUAUUCGUGUGGUGCAAUUUACCUGGCUGUAAACAAUCUUCCUCGAAGUAUAAGAUUCAAGAAAGAAAAUGUCAUUCUCGUUGGGUUAAUGGUAUCUCCUUAUUUUAUCCUACGGAGAGUUUGA